GUAAGAAACCAUCACUCGUUCUUUCUAUUCAUUCUGUCUCACUGACAUACGCUCUCUUUUUCUUCUCCCUCACCAUGUUCGAUUGUCGUUUAGAUUGUUUUAUUUAUUUUUCUUUCGCUUCAACAGCUUCCUUUUCCGUCAAACCUUUGAGCUAGGUCCCCAAUCACAUUUUGUGAUUACCCGUUUAUGCGAGAGACUCAAGCAAGAUGAAGGUGGUGAAUACGCAUCAACACGUCAAGGUGCCCGAUGAGGUGGACGUGACGGUCAAGAGCCGCGUGGUGACCGUCAAGGGCGCUCGGGGUACACUGACCAAGUCGUUCCGUCAUUUGGCCGUGGACAUCUUCAUGCCUACGAAGAAGACGGUGCGCGUGGAGAAGUGGUUUGGCAAGCGCAAGGAGUUGGCCGCCGUGAGGACCGUGUGUUCGCACAUCACUAACCUCAUCAAUGGCGUCACAUCCGGCUACAAAUACAAGAUGCGUGCCGUGUAUGCCCAUUUCCCCAUUAAUUGUUCCAUCACCGAAGGUGGCACCCUCAUCGAGGUGCGAAAUUUCUUGGGUGAGAAGUUCAUCCGUCGUGUGCGCAUGGCCGAUGGCGUCAAGUGCGAGAACAGCAAGGACCAGAAGGACGAGCUCAUCGUGACCGGCAACAGCAUCGAGGCCGUCUCGCAAUCCGCUGCCCUCAUCCAACAGUCCACAACCGUCAAGAACAAGGACAUCCGAAAGUUCUUAGACGGCCUUUACGUCUCCGAGAAGACCACGGUCGUCAAGCCCGAGGAUUAGACAAAAUCGGAAGGAAGACCUCUGGGGGUCUGGUGUGUUGGUAUGAAACUAAAGUUAGCGCUGUUCAAAUGCCAUCCGAUCGAUCACAGCUCGAACCCUAAUAAAAACUUUAAGCCCAA